AUGACGGUCCUGGGAGCAUCAGCCGCCAUCAUGGGAUCGAGGGAAUCCGAGAUCCGUAUGCUGCCGAGUUGUUCACAUCUAGAGCCAGUCCAGACUCUGCCGGAUCUACUGGCCCAGUCUACGGGUGACAAACGUUCAAGAACACAGUCGCAUUAUCAAGGGAUCCCAAUGUCUGUGAUCGUCUCGGACCCGACACUUGACGAAGGAGGCCCUCGGAGCCACUCAAAGUCGCCAGUCCGCCAAGAGUCGUCAGGAACCCUGCAGAGUGCUUGUAUGGGGCUCGUCUCCCGACCAAUGAUCACGCCUAAGCGAUUGCGACUAUCACGGUGCUUCCAACAGUUGCGUCUCGUUCAGGCCGACAGAAGUGAUCCACCAACGGGAAAGUCAUCCGGCGCAGGCGGAGUGCUACUAGACGAAGGGACUGUGGAAGAUCAUAAUGAGGAAUCUGAGGACGACGAAGAGGAUGUCACGUUCGUGCUGUGA